AUGCUCCGGCUGCUGAGUGCUCUCACGCUUGUGGCCCUUGCCUCAGGCUGUGGCCAGCCUGCCUUCAGCCCCUCCAGCCGCGUUGUCAAUGGUGAGGACGCUGUUCCCUACAGCUGGCCCUGGCAGGUCUCCCUUCAGUAUGAGAAGGGAGGGAGCUUCCACCACACCUGUGGUGGCACCCUCAUUGCUCCUGACUGGGUUAUGACUGCAGGCCACUGCAUCUCGAGUUCCCUCACCUACCAGGUGGUACUGGGCGAGUAUGAUCGAGGCGUGAAAGAGGGCCCAGAGCAGGUGAUCCCUAUCAACCCCGAUGGUCUCUUUGUGCACCCCAAGUGGAAUGCCAAUUGUGUGAGCUGUGGCAAUGACAUCGCCCUGGUCAAGCUCUCAAGAAGCGCCCAGCUGGGAGACAAGGUCCAGCUUGCCUGCCUCCCUCCUGCUGGUGACAUCCUUCCCAACGGAGAACCCUGCUACAUUAGUGGCUGGGGCCGUCUUUACACCAACGGGCCUCUCCCUGACAAACUGCAGCAGGCCCUGUUACCUGUGGUGGACUACGAACACUGCUCCAAGUGGGACUGGUGGGGCUUCUCCGUGAAGAAGACCAUGGUGUGUGCUGGCGGGGAUAAACAGUCUGGCUGCAACGGUGACUCCGGAGGACCCCUCAACUGUCCCACUGAGAACGGCACUUGGCAGGUCCAUGGUGUGACCAGCUUCGUUUCUGGCUUGGGCUGUAACACUCUAAAGAAGCCCACGGUGUUCACCCGUGUCUCAGCCUUCAAUGACUGGAUCCAGGAGACCAUAGCAAACAACUAGAACCAAGACUUGGCUGGCAGUGCCGACCCCCAUCCUCUAAAGAAUAAAGACCUUUCUAAAAGUUCCAA